AUGGAUAUUCUUAAGUGUUUCAGUCUCGCAGCUGUUGAGACUUUCGUGGUUGCCCGCUACCUUGGCUGGCUGAUAAAUACCCAAGUCGGAUGUAUUCUCUUCUUCGCCCAGUACCUUGCGCUGAAGUAUUACCGGAUAUUCCUGUAUCACAAGUACUUUUCACCUCUACGACAUCUACCCGGCCCAGCCAAUAAUCACUUCUUCUUCGGUCAAUUUAUCAACCUCUUUCGGGCCAACUCUCCUACAGGCCCGUAUAUCGAAUGGAUGCGAGAGCACCCCGACGCCCCCCUAAUCCGAUUCCUCUCCUUUGCGAACGAGGAGAUAAUAAUGCCCAACAGCGUCGCCGCUUAUAAGGAUGUGCUACAGACGCAAUGCUACUCCUUCCGAAAGGCUACCUUCUGGAUCCGAUUAACGAAAAGUUUUGCCGGCGAUGGCUUGAUCGUCAUGGAGUUCGACCAACAUCGGGCUCAUAGGAAGGUGCUCAAUUCCUUCUCCAUAUCCAAAUUCCGGACUUUGGAGCCCGUGCUCAAGUUGAAGGCAGCGGAAGUCAUGGAGUUGUUCGACCAAGCCAUUGCAGAAAAUGAAGAUGGCAAGACUGGAGCCGUCGAUAUUAUUGAUAGCAUUUCCAAGACCACGCUCGACAUAAUGGGCAUUGCUGUUCUCGGUGUCGACCUGCACAGCUUGAAAAAUAAGAUCGAUGCGGAUACUGAGUUCACCUUCCACGAGGCCUACAAAAUUAUUUUUGCGCAAGAAAGGUUAGGAAAGGCUCUUACAUUCAUCAACGGCUACAUCCCGACACGGUGGGUUCCCCUUAAAGCGAACCGUAGAUUUCUCUUCGCUACGUCGUGGCUGGAUAACUGCCUGACCGACCUUCUACGAAAACGAUGCUUCGAAAUCAAAGUGGCCAAAGAGUCCGGUACAUUCAAAAGCAGUGGCUCUCGCGAUCUGCUGACCUUUCUUGCCGAAGAGAGCAUGCCGGGUGGGAUAGCCGAUGGAUUCAAAGAGUCGCAGUUAGUGGGCCAUCUUCUUCAGUUUAUGCUAGGAGGCCAUGAGACUUCUGCAAAUGCGAUAUCGUGGAGCCUCUUCAUCAUGGCCAAGCACCCCGAAAUUCAGUCCAGGCUUCGGGAAGAACUCUUAAAUCUAGGUGAUAAUCCGCAAUAUGGUGAUAUCGAGAGAUUGCCGUAUUUGGACAACUUUAUCAAGGAGUCGCUCCGGUUAUACCCCACAGCCAACGGUAUAAAUCGUGAGGCAGCAAUUGAAGUCACCAUCGAAGGAGUAAAGAUCCCCAAGGGCACACACUUCGACAUGAUAAUAUCAGCGCUUAUGCGCAACCCCUUAAUAUGGGGAGACGACGCCGACGAAGUAGACCCGACGCGGUUUGAUCGUUUAUCUGGCGAACAAUUAUCUCCUUACGCCUACGAGUCUUUCUCCCAGGGGCCUCGUAUAUGCAUCGGAAAGACGCUGGCCAUGAUGGAAAUGAAGGUUAUUUUGACUGAGCUUGUUCGGAACUUCCAGAUCUUGGAUAGUAAGAAAGAGUUUACGUUGGAGAAUCCUAGUCUUUCUCUUCGACCGAAUGGCCUUGAAAUUCGAUUCCAAAGGAUUGCUACAUGA